CCAAAUUCUCUGUUUGCAAAAUUAACGUUUUGGCCUUUUGCCAGUAAGCGAUUUUGAGUGAAUGCUAUUUUUAGAUCCUGUGGCAAACUUGGGGAGGUCUCGAACAGAUCAUAGGCAUUGCAGUCAGUUUCAUCCGGCAAGAGCCUGUACUUUUGAAAUAAUAUUUGCAUCAAGCAGCGAAAGUAGCAAUACAAGGAACUUGUUUUGUAGUUCUUUUUGUUUAUGAGGUUGGAUACUAAAGUUGCUGGUUGUAUUUCACAUCAGUCACUCUUUUCUGGGGAUCUUUCUACUGCUCCAGUUUUGCUUCUUUUUUUUUCUUUUUUUUUUCUUUUUUUUGGUAUUAAGGUGGUUGAGUGUAUAUAAUAAUAUUGUACAUACUAGUCAGGCCUGGCUCUGGAUAGCUACUUAGAUUCCAGCCAUCGAGGGGUGGUGCCUCCAAUGGUGCCUUCUCGAGUAGCUGGAGGAUUAACUCAAUCUUCCUCAAGUUCAGGAAUUUUCUUCCAAGGAGAUGGGCAGUCCCAGGCUGUAGUUAACUCUCACUUGAGCUCAUCUUAUGUUAACUCUUCUAAUUCGGUUCCUGGUACUGGGCGCCCAACUCUGGGUCCAGUUUCUGGGGACAUGAACAAUGCAGUGUUGAAUAGCGUUGCAAACUCGGGACCUAAUGUUGGAGCCAGUUCUUUGGUCACAGAUGCAAAUUCAGCACUUUCUGGGGGUCCCCACUUGCAGAGAAGUUCAAGCAUCAAUACAGAUUCGUAUAUGCGGCCACCAGCAUCACCAAUGUCGUUUACUUCCAACAACAUGUCAGGUUCAUCAGUUGUUGAUGGAUCCUCUGUUGGACAGCAGGGCUCUCAUCAAGACCCGACUGCCCACAUGCAGCAGAGUCAGCAGCAACAAGGGGCCUCGAGUGCUACUUCCUUGCCUACAUCACAAGUUGGCCAGGUUUCACUUCCCAUGGGGCCACGAGUCCCUGGUUCCUACAUGCAAGACCCUAAUAAUCUAUCUCAGGUGCAAAAGAAACCAAGACUGGAUAUCAAGCAGGAAGAUAUUCUGCAACAGCAGGUGGUUCAACAGCUAUUGCAAAGACAGGACUCUAUGCAGUUACAAGGUCGAAACCCACAAUUACAAGCCUUGUUCCAGCACCAGCACCAGCAGCAGCAGCAGCAGAGGCUGAGGCAACAGCAGCAGUUUCUGCAGGUUCUACCCCAAUUACAGAGGGCCCAGCUUCAGCAGCAGCAACAGCAGCAGCAGCAACAGAUGCAGAUGAGGCAGCAAUUGCAACAGCAGGGCAUGCAGCAAGUAAUGAAGUGUCCAUAUGAUAAUGGUGUUUGUGCUCGUAGAUUGAUGCAGUACCUGUAUCAUCAGCGGCAAAGGCCACAAGAUAAUACCAUUGCUUACUGGAGAAAGUUUGUGGCCGAGUAUUUUUCUCCUCAUGCAAAGCAAAGAUGGUGUCUGUCAAUGUAUGAUAAUGUGGGGCAUCAUGCACUUGGUGUUUUUCCUCAAGCAGCUAUGGAUGCUUGGCAGUGUGAAAUUUGCAAGUCUAAGUCUGGAAGGGGUUUUGAGGCAACUUUUGAAGUACUUCCAAGGCUCAAUGAAAUCAAGUUUGGCAGUGGAGUAAUUGAUGAGCUUUUAUUUUUGGACUUGCCACGUGAGUGUAGAUUUUCUAAUGGAGUAAUGAUAUUGGAGUAUGGAAAAGCAGUCCAGGAAAGUGUGUAUGACCAGCUUCGUGUUGUUCGUGAGGGUCAGCUUCGCAUUAUUUUCACUCAUGAUUUAAAGAUAUUGUCUUGGGAAUUUUGUGCACGUAAACAUGAACAACUCUAUCCUCGCCGUUUAGUGGCGCCACAGGUGAACCAGUUACUUCAGGUGGCCCAGAAAUGCCAAAACACAAUUUCAGAAAGUGGUUCUGAUGGGGUUUCUCAGCAGGAUUUACAAACAAACAGCAAUAUGGUCCUGACAGCUGGGCGCCAACUUGCAAAGAGUUUGGAGUUGCAGUCACUCAAUGAUCUUGGUUUUUCUAAAAGAUAUGUGAGGUGCUUGCAGAUUGCAGAGGUUGUCAACAGCAUGAAGGAUCUGAUAGAUUUUUGUAGGGAGCAUAAGGUUGGGCCAAUUGAAGGCUUAAAAAAUUAUCCUCGACAUGCCAAUGCAGCCAAGCUCCAAAUGCAGAAAAUGCAGGAAAUGGAGCAGCUGGCGAAUGUUCAGGGUCUGACAACUGACCGGAGCACACUAAAUAAGCUGAUGUCAUUGCAUCCUGGAAUAAACAGCCCAACAGCCAACAACCAUCACAUGGUUGGUCGAGGAGCUUUAAGUGGUUCAGCUCAGGCUGCUUUGGCACUGACCAACUACCAUAAUCUGCUGACGAGGCAGAAUUCAAUGACUUCAAAUCCUACGCUUCAUCAGGAAUCACCAUCUUCCUUCAAUAAUUCUAACCAGAGCCCCUCUUCAACAUUCCAAGGGCCUGCUUCCAUGUUGCCUGGAUCCUUGCCUGCUAGUGGCUUGUCAAGUCCUCAUCUGUCUGCUCAACAGUCGCAGCAGCAACUGCAGCAACGGUCAUUAUUAAGUGCCAAUAACUUGAUCCAACAGAGUCAUGCACAGGCCACACAAGGUAACCAGGCCUUGCCGCAACAAAUGCUCCAGCAAUUGCUGCAGGAGAUGUCUAAUAAUACAGGAGUGCAGCAGCAAUCUCUUAGUGGACAGAAUGUGAAUGGAAGUUUGGUGAGAAAUGGAGGCAGUUUUGGAAGCAACACUUCUGCACCAGCUGCAGCUCCAUCGAAUGUGUCAGGGAGUGCUGCUGGGCCUGCUUCAAGCCGGAGCAACAGUUUUAAAGCUGCUGCUUCAAACAGCGACGCAUCAGCAGUUGGUGGCAACAAUGGAGUUAACCAAAGAGCAGCUGACGUGCCUCAGAAUCUCCAUUUGCAGGAUGAUAUUGUUCCUGAUAUAUCUCAUGAUUUCUCAGAAAAUGGGUUUUUUAACAGUGAGCUUGAUGAUAAUAUUGGUUAUAGCUGGAAGGCAUAACUAACCUACUCUGGCCCAGUUAAUUGCUUAUGAUGGGUGAGUGUAUUGCGUAAAAAUCUUGUACAGAUAAUCUGAAUAGCUGUCGAUUUUUCCUCUUUUAUCUCUUCUUUUUUUGGCUUUCUCAAAUUGUGGAAUUGUUGUGACAUCACUUUUAUUGUGCUAUGGUAGGCGUUUAGUUAUCUUCUCUUUCUAUAUUUAUAUAUAUAUAUAGGAGUCUCCUUUUUUUCAAGUCUUGCAAGUGUAAUCUAUUGGAUGAACUUAGAGAACAGAUUGGGAUUUCUAUUAAUAUAUAUGAUAUUUUACA